GCCAUGUUGUGAAUAACCAGCCAACUUCACAGAAGUUACAUAACCAAAACAAUGGAGCCACCAGAGAAGCCCGAUGAUGAGGAGUGUUGUAAUUCUGGUUGCAAUCCAUGCAUUUUUGACGUCUACGAAGAGCAGCUGAAGAAAUAUCAGAAGUCCAUAAAAGGGGAAACCAAAAAAGGAGUACCAAAUUGCAUUAAGCCGCUGAAAUACACCAGAUUUAAAUUAACCGAAGUCAUUGUUUUAACCAGAACUACCAACAUCUACAUAUUCGAAUGCCAGGAUUUUCAAAAUGAAUCGCGGGUUUUUUAUAAACCAGGCCAGCAUUUUCUCUUGAAAGGAUGUUUGAAUGACGAGGACUUCUCUAGAGCUUACACCCCAAUCCCUUGGAAUUCGCUAAAAAGCAACGCGUUUGCUGUACUGAUUAAAUUAUACGAAGAUGGAAGAAUGGCGAAAGUGCUUAAGCACCUAAAACUAGGAUCAGAAACGCUAUGGAGAGGACCUUAUGGUGAUUUUCAAAUAAAUUAUCAAUACAGGAACGUCUUGUUUAUAGCUCAAGGAACCGGGAUAGCACCAAUAUACUCUGUGAUCAACGAAAUGGUCGAAAACGAAGAAUGCGAGACUUUCUUGAAGUUAUUUUACUGUUGCCGGAACUUCAACGAAGUCUUUCUGAGAGAUCAACUUUACUCUUUGUGCAGAUUUUGGAAUUUCAGUUACGAACUGUUUUUGAGCGAAGACACUGAUGGUUCCGCCAAAUACAAUGAAACGGUCAACGGUAAAUUGGAUGAUAAUCAAAUUAAAUUGUAUUUAGAUAAAUGUACAGAUUUGCGGGUGGUGAUUUGUGGAAGCGAAAGUUUCAAUAGUUGUAUAGAAAAUAAGUUUAAGAAUUUUGGUUUAAAUAAAGAAAAUAUGUUUAUUUUUUAAUAAAUUAGUUCAGUUCUUCGGCAGCGGACAU